GCCAAUUUCAAGAUAAAUAUCCCUGGCGAUUACCUACCAACCGCAUACCUUGGUAGUAAUCUUACACACGCCAUUAUUUUUGGCCCCCAUGUUACAAUAUCCAUGGAUGUUAGAUACCCCUCGUCUAGAGCCUUGAGGGGAAUAUAAAUGGUAGAUGUGGAGGACCGUAUAGGUAAUAAGACACUGGACUUGAUUUGGUUUAUUGUCUUAUUACCUAUGUUUCCUUCGAGGUGGCUGUUAAAAUGAGCGAAGUAAUCCAACUUGAUCCGGCAAUCGUGAGAGCCCUUAAGUCGGGCGAAAAGGUCGUUGAAGUACAGCAAUACGGCACAUCAAGCUGGGCUUCAACAGCUAGAGUAGACGUCCAGGGCGCCGAUGACUCCUCAGGGGCCUACUUUCUCAAGACGUUGAAAACGGAGGAUGCGGCUGAGCGUGUACUGGGCGAGUACAGGGCAAUGCUCGAGAUCCAUUCCACCUCGCCUAACUUUGCACCACAACCUCGAGCAUAUGGUAAAUGCGAUAACGAAAAUGCCUAUUUUUUCCUAUGCGACUACUUGACAAUCAAUCACGACCUGCCCAAUGCUGUACAGCUAGGUAAGAAGCUUGCCGAACUUCACCACAAGAGUAUUUCGCCGACUGGUAAAUUUGGAUUCCAUGUCACAACGUUCGACGGGAAGUUGCCUUUGAAUACAACAUGGGAUAGCAACUGGACAUCGUUCUUCAAGAAGCUUAUGCUAGAUGUCUAUAAAUUGGACACCGAGAUCAAUGGAUUUUGGAAGCCGUUGGAUGACGUGAUGCAAAUCACACUGGAAAAGUUGAUACCUCGACUGCUUGAUCCUCUAAUAGCAGAUGGGCGCUCUAUCAAGCCGUGCCUCAUUCACGGCGACCUCUGGGAGUCCAAUAUUGGUACUGACGCUCAUACCGGAGAGCUCUACAUCUUUGACGCAUGCUCAUACUAUGCACAUCAUGAAAAGGAAGUUGGAAUUUGGCGCUGCGAGCAUCAUCAGAUGAAGGCUAAAGAGUACCGAAAUGAGUACUUCAAAAAUUAUAAGCCAAGUGAACCUGUGGAAGAAUUUGAUGAUCGCAAUCGAUUGUAUUCGGUGGAGACACUCAUAAUCAACUCGGCUCAUUUUCCUGGUGCGAACACAAGGCAACUAGCAAUUGAUGAACUGAAAUAUCUGCUAGAGAAGUACGUUCCAGGGGAUACCACCUAAAUAGAGAUGGAGGGUACUGAGACGGAAAGUGCUACUGGCCCUGUGGAAGUAUCUAUCUAAAGGUCCAAAGUGAACUUCAACAUUGAAUGAAUACAACAUCAUAUCCCCUUUUCUAA